AUUGUAAUAAGUUGUAACCAUUUUUUACAAAAUUAAAAAAUAAAGAGUUGGUAAAACAAUUUAUCUCUGCUUUUAAAAUUAAGACUUGAUACAAACGUACAGACAGAUACGUCUUAAAAAAGAAGAGAAAACCGUCCUCUUCCAUUAGCCACAGAAAACGAAAGAACAAACAAAUCAGACAAGAGAGCAAAGAAGAACAAAGAAGAAAGCCUCUUCCAAAGAGAUUCAGUGAUUGACGCAAAAUCUUUCAUCCACUUUACUCAAUAUUCUUUCUUCUUCUUCUUCCUCUUCACUCUAUAGUCGCUGUGAUUUCCUUUCUUUUCCUCCGUCUUAUCUUUGUCCGAAUUCUGAAUAAUCCAAGGGCGUCAAGAGCUGCGAUUCUCCAUGAAUACAUCUGGGUUUUCUUGAAUUCCGAUUUCAAUUUUUUUUUUGUAAUCUGAGGGUUCGUGUUUUCGGAUUCAACUCGAAGAAAAAGUUUUCAGCUUUCGCCUAAAAACCCACAUGGGAUUGGCACUGAACAGUAGACUGAGAAGAAGAAGAAGAACAGUGAUACUAGUCAUCGAGUGUUUGCUACGAUUAUGUCCAUAACGGAAUCUUCAGAAUCGGUUUUCACUACUGAGGAAGAAGAGUCCUUUAGCGCUCGCUACUCGCUAUGGAUCAAAGAAGCUCUAGACGAGCUCCCUCACAAUUUCACAAUCACCGACCCGUUUAUUCCGGGUCACCCGAUCGUUUUCGCUUCCCCUGGGUUCCUGAAAAUGUCUGGCUACUCGCGGGAAGAAGUCAUCGGAAGAAACGGGAGGGCCUUUCAGGGGCCCAAGACUAAUCGGAGAUCGGUCAUGGAGAUCCGCGAGGCGAUUCGCGAAGAGAGGCCCGUUCAAGUGAGCAUUUUGAAUUACCGUAAAUCGGGAUCGCCGUUUUGGAUGUUGUUUCAUAUGAUCCCUGUUUUCGGGAAAAGCGACGGGAAAGUGAUCCAUUUCGUGGCGGUUCAGGUCCCGAUUUCGGGACAAGAACAUCAUCGGAAGAUGAGAAACGGGUCGGGUCUGAGCGGAGAUAUGUCGGAUUAUUCCGAAAUGAUGUUUGGUUCUUGUCGAAGAGAGGUUUGCUUUGGUCAUCUCGUACAUCAGGAUCGAGCUUUGCCUGUGGAAUUUGAUGAACAAGAAUUAGAGAAUUGGGAACACUGUGAAGCGAGUGAGUCGGAGAAGCUAAGAGCUGCAGAAGCAAUUAGCAAUGUAUUAUCUGUUUUAACGCGUUACAGCGAGUUCUCUGGCAGAUUGGUCUGUGGAAAACGGUACUGCUUGCGUGGUGCAGACUGCUUAAGCUCGUCCUUAGUGAUUUCUCUCGGUAGAAUCAAACAAAGUUUCGUAUUAACCAAUCCAUGUUUACCCGACAUGCCUAUCGUUUAUGCGAGUGAUGCCUUCUUGACAUUGACUGGUUACAAGAGGCAAGAAGUGUUGGGACAGAAUUGUAGAUUUCUGAGUGGAGUUGAUACAGAUUCCUCAGUACUAUACGAGAUGAAGGAGUGCAUCUUAGAGGGGCAACCAUGCACAGUGCAGAUACUAAACUACAGUAACAGAAAAGAUAAGAGCACGUUCUGGAAUCUUCUUCACAUAUCACCAGUUCGUAAUGCUUCAGGCAAGACAGCAUACUUUGUGGGUGUUCAGGUGGAAGCAAGUUGCAGAAAUACUGAAAGUAAAGAACUGAGACCAGAGACAAGGCAACUGAGUGUGGUCGGUGCGGUUAGAGUUGCGGUCAGGAGCUCGUUCAUGGUGACAUGCUAAUAUACGCCCCAAAAGAAAAUGCAUUUUAGAAACAAGUAGAAGAGUAUGAUCAAGUCAAUUCGACACACAUCUUCACCAUAUAUGUAUAGUCACGAAACAGUACACUUUAUAAAACAUCUAAGCAAACAACGUUAUCAUUCACAAAUCUGUUUCCAAAAACAUAAUUGAAUCAAUCCAUCAUCAUCAUACCGUUCACGUUUUAGUCUUCCCUAUCACAUUUCUCUAAGUUAGUCACAUAUAAAGAAACAGAACACGUUUUCGUCAUCUCGCAAAAACAUAGGAUACGGACAACGGGUGCUGCAUCUAGCACAAACCGGUCGAGAAAGGGAAUUGUUGUGAAGAACAUGCAUCUUAACGACCUCACCAUUUCUUCUGGAUAAGAAAAUUGGACCAGGCUUCAAAUACGGUUCUAUCCCAAGUAGGCAAUCAAUAUGAAGUGUUGUGCAGCAACUGUUGCAAUUAUAGAAUCCUCUGUUCCUUCCAAUUGCUAACUUUCCCUCGCACAACUCACACCAAUCUGAGUCACUUGCCUCGUCCCCGUGACAAAAUGUGAG